AUUAUAUUCUAUGAUGUGACAACGCUGUAUUUAAGGUUUGGUUAGGUUUAGGCACCAGAAACACUUGAUUAGGGUUAGGGAAAGAUCAUGCUUUGAGUUACAAACAUCACUCUCGCGAGAUCUUUCGCGGGUCUGGGGUUACCAUCUAGAUACGAGACAAAACAUCGGCGAUUCAACGUGAGGCGGGAAACCCGGGGAGGAGGAAGAAAUGGAUGGACGCGGAGAAAUGGACGGAGAGGCGGAAAGUCUCUCUCCGUCGACUUUAAAACUGUACGAGACGCAGUUCUUCGGUUUCAGCCCGCAGACCUGCAUGCUGCGGGUUUACAGCGCCUUCCAGGACUGCCUGCGGGACAUGUUGCUGGUCGUGGAGAAGGUGUGUGUGAGGCAGCUGAGUAAAGGCGAGUCGGACGGGGCUGAGGAGCUGCUCCGGUGCCGGUCCCGGGAGUGUAGCCGGGAGCUGCAGCAGGUUCUUUUAGACCGGUUCAAGCAGCUGUCUGAGCGGAUGGAGGCGCUGCUCGUGAACCGCUGCUUCUCCGUGCCGCCAAACGUCCUGUUGCCCGAGGACCAGAUACACCGAGACCACCCGCAGGACCCUCAGGAGGUGAUCAGACUGGAAUCGUCCGUGGCGGACCUGCAGAGAGCCUACGAAGCAGAAGUUUGUGCCAGACAGGCCCUGCUGGCCGAGCUGGAGGAGCAGAAGGAGGUGCAGAAUCAGCUGGAUGGGAUCCUGAUGUGGGUCAGAGAGCUCCAGGCGGCCUGGGUGAAGGAGGGAAACGGCAGCUUCCAUGAAAGCUUCCGCCUGGUGAUGGAGUCCAUAAAGAAACUGCAGGAAGCUGUCGGGGAGGUCUGCAGCAAGGCCCCUCACUGAACUGAAUUCACACUUAUGAUCUUUCACCUUGGUGCAAUAAAUAAGUGGACAGUGGA